CUGUUUUCAAUCAAUGUACAGUGAACACCAUUAGUUUUUACCGCGUUCAAAACACGUUGAAAACAAAACGAUCGGUCUGAAAAAUUUGAGCACGUGCGUUUGAAUCAAGUAGCAUUGUAGCAGAACAGCAUUAAAGCGAUAUUCACAUAGAGGAAAUUCGGAACUACUUGCCUUCCUUGAGUUAUACUGACUGAGUAUAUCAUCCCUGUAAAAUGUCUGACAAUGGGAACGACCAAAACCCGGAUAUAUCCGGUGACAACUUCGAUCUCGAGACAAAUGAAGUCGUUGACGAUUUCGGAGACGACUUUCUAAAUGAUGAUGAAAACGAUCUAGAAAAUGGCGGAGACGAAGAUGAGGGAGGGGCAGCCGACGGUGGGGACUCUGACGGUGAGUCGGAAAUGGUUGUUCUGGAUCCGGAUCACCCGCUUAUGGCACGAUUCCAGGCCGCACUGAAUAAGCAGUUGACGAAACAACAGGAAAAAGUGACGCUUGAGUAUCGUGAACUUGACGAGGCUCUAAGAGCGCGCAAGAAGGAGCGAGAAGAAAUCGGUAUUCAACUGUACAGUUUGCAACAGGAGCUAGCGAGACAGCAGAUGUCUCUUGAGGCGAAACAUGAUCAGUACAAUAAGGCUCACCAGGAGAAACUUCAAAUCGAGCAUGCUCUAAAAGAGGCCCAAGACAAUUAUCGUGAAACGCAGAAGAAUCUGCAACUGCAACAGAAAAAAGCAGGGGAACUUCAGCAGGAUUUGGACAAAUCGAGCAUCAAAUUGUUUUACUUGAAUAAAAACAAAGAGGAUGUUCGGGGCGAUAUUGCGGUUAUGAAGAGGGCUGCUGAAAAAGCCGAAAAGGACGCCGGAGACCUGGAAACCGAAAAGCAGAAACAAGAUCUUUUCGUCGAUAGACUUGUGGAAACCCUAGACAAACUCAGAGAACAAGUAGCCUUGUACGAAGCCCAGUAUCAAGCACAGCUCGAAGAAACCAAGGCUGCAAAAGAGGCGUUGACCGAUGCUCAGAUGGAAAUUGAAUCGAUCAAUCUGGAGAAGAAGCAACUUUACCAGCAGUGGAACUCCAGCUUGAUUGGCAUGCGAAGGCGAGACGAAGCUCACGCCGCUCUAGUCGAAGCAAUUGAACAGCAAAAACAAAGGCUAUUAACUUUGGACCAAGAAAUUGAAGCAUACAAAAAGUCGAUUGCCAAGUCUCAAGAAGAAAACGAAAAGCUAACGUUGAUUUCAAACCAAAGAGACACUGAACUAGCGACAAUUAAAAAGCAAUUGCAAAUAGCGCAAAACAAAUUCGAAGCUCUAAAACAUCAAUAUGCAACAUACCAAAGGACUCUACAAGAAACUGAAACUCAGUUAGACAAAGCACAGAAUGAGCAGAAAAUUGAACAAAACGAAAUCGAAGUUUUGAGGAAAAAUAUUGAGAAAGAAAAUCAGGAAAAGAUGAAAGUUGAGGAGCAAAUUGAAGAAACUCUGCGAAGUCAGUUGACGAUGGAAAAAGCUAAACAGUAUACGAAGAAACUUACCAACAAGCUAAAAGAGAAGGCGCACGAAAUGGCUAAUCAAGUCUCCAAUAUUGAAAACGAAAUAGCGCGAGAUACUUUGACAAUGACUAACUUAGCUGGCAGGCUAAAACGCCUAGAGCAAACGGUAACAGAUUUGAACUCAGAUAUUUCCAAGAAACAUGAAAUUGCCGAGAAAAGCGAGGCAGAAAUUCAUAAAAGAAACGCCGUUAUCGAAAGAAAGCAGGGACAGAUAGACCAGCUGAACAAAAAAAUUGAUCAGCUCAAGUUAGAAAGAGGCGGAGAAGAAAUCAGUCCUCAAGAGUUCGAGAUCAAGUCACUGAACAAAGCUAUCAAUCUGAAAAACCAAGAAAUCACUGGAAUGCAACAGUUUUGGCUGAAAGAGCAAACAGAGUUAGUGAAAUUGUCGCAAGCUCGCGAUUUGCAAACGCAGAACGUCGAUUUGUUGAAAAAGCAACUGCUGGUCUUAGAACAGCGCAAACUGAGGAAAGAAAACGAGAUUUCAGGCGAGGAAAAAGAAAUCGGAGAGCUGGAGCGACGCAUUGGACAACUGCAGAAAGACAUGGUGAAGCUGAACGUACUUGUAAAUGACAACAAAAAGACGGAAUACGAUUUGGAGAAAGAAAAUGAGCUGGCAAAUAAGGAGUUCAGAGCCACUUUGCAGGACUUGAUGGGCCAAAGUCAAGAAAUGCAAAACACAGUUGACUCUCAGCAGGAAGAAAAGGAGCGAUUGUUGAACAGUUUGGUCGAGGCGGAACGACAAAUUAUGCUCUGGGAGAAGAAAACCCAGAUUUUGAGAGAGACGCGAGCGGCCGUUGACAGCGAGGCUGGUCAAGGGGAAAUCAAACAAAUGAAGUCUGAGAUUCAUCGAAUGGAGGUUCGAUUCGCGCAGUUGCUGAGACAACAGGAAAAUAUGAUUCAAGAUAUGGAAAAGGCAGUGUCGAGACGAGAUACUAUUGUAACUAGAGGCGAGGCACUUCAGAAAAUGAAGAGACCAGUUGUAACUGAAGGGCAAAUGCAAAAACAGAUGAUUGAGACGAAGAAGAAGAUUAAACAGUCAUUACAAGACGCGGACAAAGCUGAUGCUGAGAUCAACCAACUGCGGUCGGAGCAAGUAGAGCUCCAAAAUGCGCUCAGUGAGAAGCGCCAGAGCUUGGAAAUGAUGCAAGAACAGUCCUCGGAAUUGGACGCCGAGUAUGAAAAAUUACUCGAAGACAGGCAGAGAAAUAUGGCCGAUUUGUUGGCCCUUCAGCAGAAAUCGAAGAACUUCGAAGCUCUGAAAAACGGCAAGUAUGCUAUGCUGUGCAAAACGGAAGCUGGUUUGAAUGCAGAGACACAAAAACAGACGGAUAAAUUCCACAAACUGACGAGUAUUGUAGAUCGACUGAAUAAUGAGCAGCCUCACUUGCAGCCAUCUCUCAGAAGAGUCACGCUCAGUUUGGGAUCGAGAGGGCUACAGGAAGAUUAAAUUGGCGACGAAACCGGCAAAUUACCACAUUUAUUUUUUGUUUUUUAAUUCGAUGAGUUUCGUAUUAUAAAUUUGAAAUUAAAAAUUAUUGUCUUAAAAGUACUGCGAAAAGAUGAAUCGAGCUGACUGAUUUUUUUCAG